GCCUGACUUAAAGAUGUCUGGACGUGGGAAAGGAGGAAAAGGGCUCGGUAAAGGUGGCGCAAAACGUCAUCGUAAAGUGCUGAGAGAUAACAUCCAAGGUAUCACGAAGCCUGCUAUUCGCCGUCUAGCUCGUCGAGGUGGCGUGAAGAGAAUUUCUGGCUUGAUCUACGAAGAAACUCGCGGUGUGCUCAAAGUUUUCUUGGAAAAUGUUAUCCGUGACGCUGUAACUUACACUGAGCAUGCAAAGAGAAAGACUGUUACUGCUAUGGACGUAGUAUACGCUUUGAAGAGACAGGGCCGUACGCUGUAUGGCUUUGGAGGGUAGAUGACAGUCGCGGCCGUGUCCAAGAAAAAAAAAAAACCCAAAGGCUCUUUUCAGAGCCAC